AUGGCCGACGCGAACGCGGACGCGGUGACGGUGCGAGAGAUAUUUCUCGCCUUCGUCAACGCCGCGCGCGAGGACCUGGGGGUGCUCGCGCGCGUUGGAUUCGCGAAUCAUCACGCGCGGGCGCUGCUCCAGCGAUGCGAUGGGAUCGUCCAAGACCUGGACGACGCCGACGACGCCCGCGCGCGCGCGGUGGCGACGACGGCGUUGGACGCGCUCGCGUUCGCGAUGCGCGAGCGUCGGGGGCGACGAUCGGCGUUGGCGGCGGAGACGGCGAUUAAGUUGAUUGAACGCGGAUUCGGACGCGGCGUCGCGCGAGACGCGGGCGGGGACGACGCGGCGAGCGAUGACGCGCGCGCUCGCCUCGUGCGCGCGGUGUGUGGAGUGGGUGAAUUAUCGGGAGGUGGGGAGGGGGGGGGGGGGGAGACGGGGGAAGAUCGAGCGCGGUGCGGCGUCGCGGCGACGCGGUUCGCCCAGGCGUGCGCGUGCGGCGAGACGGAAGAUCCGGAGACGUCGGGGGAAUCGGGAGACGAUGGGGAGGGACAGAAGACGCUCGUGGUGAGAGGGAACGCGCUGUUGUACGCCACGCGAUCGAUAUUUCACGUGGCGAUGAUUGCUGAGGAUGAGAACGCGCGACGCGCGGCGAAGACGACGCUCACGCAAAUAAUCAACGCCGCGUUCAAGCGCGCCGAGCGUGGGUUCGAGGCGUUAGCCGCGUCCGAAGACGUGAGCGCGAAUCGUCGUUUGCACUUGGAGGACGUGAAACAGAUUCUCAUCAUGUUGUGUAAGAUUGCGGCGAGGGACGGACCGAUCGACGUCGACGCGUACCUGACGCACUCCAAAGCCUUGGCGUUGGACAUUUUACGCCAACUCAUGGAGGGACCGCGGGCGCCGUUGUGGCUCGACCACUUCCACGGGGAGUUGUCGAAACCGCUCUCGAUGGCGCUCAUGCGAAACGCGCUGUUACACGUUCCUCGCGGAUCUGAGGCGGAGCAAUCGGUGGGGAUAUUGGUAUCCAUCGCGCGCAUGGCGUACGGCGUUCUCGUCUCACGCGCGCGCUCGGUGUGGAAGCAACAGAUCGCAGCGCUCUACCCGAUCAUGGCGUUACAUCCGCUCGAGACUGACGAGACGAGUGCGGCGGUUCGCGUCUCAGCGCUUCGUCUGGUGCGUCGUCUCGCGAGCGAGGCGCAAAUCUUGGUUGAUUUUUUUGUCAACUACGACUGCGACUUGCACGCGGCGAACCUGUACGAGCGCACCGUCGCCGCGCUCGCGCGCGCGGCGCAGACGAACGACAUCUUAGAGCGUGACGCCGUGCUCACGUGUUUGUUUAGCAUUUUACGGUCGCUUCAGAGCUGGUGCGCCCGCGGCUACGACGACGAGGACGAAGAGAGCGCGGGCGACGCCGAUCAGAAUGAUGGCCUCGAGAUUCGACCUUUCAUCGGUCGAAAACCAUCGAAAGACAAACUUUCGUCAUCGUCAAAAUCAAACGAGGCGUCCACGACGUCGACGCCCGCCGCCGUCGCGGCGGCAACGGCGACAGUGGCGACGGAUGCGACGGCGGUUUCGGAAGACGCGGCGGCGGCGUCAUCGCCGCCGACCAAGUCGGAGUCCGAGCUCUUCGCCGCGAAAAAGUCCGCCAAGAUUUCGGCGGAGAGGGCGAUCGAGGCGUUCAACGCCGAGCCAAACGUCCGAUCGCUUCGCGUCGCCGCGCGGUCGGAGGACGCGGUCGCUUGCGCGGCGUUUUUGCGCUCGGCGUCAUCCUCGACCGCCUCGAGCAAGGCGACUUCGUCUUUGGUGGUGAGUCCGAGCGCGUUGGGCGAACUCCUAGGAUCGCCCGAUUCAGAUGCGCUCGCUGUCAUGCGCGCGUACGUGCACGGCUUUGAUUUCACGGGGGCGCACAUCGACGACGCCAUGCGCGCGUUCCUCAGUGGUUUCAGGCUUCCGGGCGAGGCACAAAAGAUCGAUCGGUUGAUGGAGGCGUUCGCCGCGAGAUUUUGCGCGUGCAAUCAAAAUGUGUAUCCGAGCACGGAUGCGGCGUACAUUCUGGCGUUCGCCAUCGUCAUGCUGAACACAGACGCGCACAAUCCGCUCACAGAGGAGGCGAUGAAGAUGAGCGAGCAGGAUUUCGUGCUCAUGGUGACCGCCGCGGAGGCGGCCUCUGAGGUCGACGCCGAGAAGAUCGCUGCAAUUUAUAAGCGCGUGUGCGCGAAAGAGAUCAAGAUGAACUCGGCUGAACCCCCGGCGCGGGUUUCAUCGGCCACGGACGUCGCUGCCGAGAUUGCGGCGGCGGCGAAACAUCCGCCGCAGACGUCGUGGUCCCAACUCACGUCAUCACUCAACUUUGCAGCGCCCUGGAAGGCACGAUCGAUGCAAAAAGAGGCGACCAAUGAAACUGCUGAGCUCUUGAAGUCUACCAAGGAGUUAUUCAAGACUUCUGGUCCGGGCGACUCCGCGGCGCACGACGACUCAGCGAGUGCGCUCUUCGUCCGCGCCUCCGAACCCGGUCUGGCGCGACCGAUGCUAGAUGUUGCGGGCAAGUUCAUGCUCAUCGCGUUGUCCACCGCGUUCACGUCCGCGCCGGACGCGGCGCACGCCGCGAUGCCGCUCGAGGCCACGCGAGCAAUGCUCUCACUUGCCACGACGCUUCAACUUCCUGCGCUCAGGGACAACACGCGCGCGUUCCUCGUUACCGCUCCGGGAUUCGGCCGACCUCAGGGAAUUUCGUCGCAGAGUAAGGAAGCGUUAAGCACUUUACUCGAACUCGCCACGAGCGAGUGCAGUCUCGGCGGCGUUCAGGCGUGGGCGAGCGUGUUGGAGAUCAUCGACCGCCUUGAGCAUCUGCGCUCUGUCGUCGGCGCCGGCGUCGCCUUUGAUUUCGCCGCUGCGCGCGCCGUCAUGCGAGAACGACUGGAGUUCGAUGAAAACGAUGCCACUGAUCGUUCGGUGAGCUCCGAUCGAUCGUCGUUCGACGGUACGCCGGGGCAUCCGCUGUCUCAGCUUGAUCCCGCCGAGCUUGCGGUGAUCAAGUGGGUCUCCACGCACGGUGGCGAGGCUAUCGAGCGAGUGUUCGCCGCGAGCACGCGAUUCGACUCGGACGAGAUCUUGACCUAUGCCACGGCAGUGGCGACGGUGUCUAGACACGGGCUUUGGAGCUCCUCGAGCGCGCCAGCGAAGAUUUUUGCGCUGUUGCGUCUCACAGAGGUGGCAGCGACAAACAUGUCGCGCGUCCGUCUCGUGUGGUCAAAGCUCUGGAGCGUGGUUUCCGAGCACCUUGUAGAGGCAGUUAAACACGCGGACGAAAAAGUCGUCUUACAUGCCACGGUGUCGAUGAGACAAGUAGCUGAUCGUUUGCUCUUACGUGCUCGAGCAACGCGCUCGGCAACGCAAAUGGACGCGAUGCGGCCCUUCGUGUUCGCCAUUGAAAACGCGCGCACCGCUCGAUCUCGAGGACUCGUGGUGUCGUGCGUCGCACAAGCAAUGCACAACUACGGCGAUGUGCUCGGGCAGGGAUGGGAGCCGGCGAUGGAGGCUUUGGGAGCGGCGUAUGCGAUUGAUUGUUCGCGAGACGACGCGGAGACACAGGAGACGCUUGAGGAGGAGAUGGUGACGUCGUGUCGAGCACUCGAGCAGGCCCUUGUCCUCGCCCUCACCCGCGAUGAUUCAUCAACGGACGAAUCGGAGAACGAAGAGAGCGAUGUGUUCGGUGUCCCGCUCUCGUGCGUCCCAAGAGCGACAUCGCUCUUCGUUGCCAUGGCUCGAUGGCGCAACGUCUCCGAGGGUGGCGAGCAAGGAACGCUCUCGCCUCCGAUCGAUUCUCUCCGCACGAUCGCGAUCGAGUGCCGCUCGCGAAUGAGCGCGACGUCUGACUGCGUGAAGUACAGAGUGAGCGCGAUUUGGACCGCGAUCUGCGGCGCCCUGGGCGAGCUCUCCAAGGUGGACGAUUCAGCGCUUGCCGUCGUCUUCUCGCUCUUUGACGACGAUGAGAUCGAAACGCUUGACGUGAACGCUCGCGACGAACUUCGAGGCGCACUCGAUGGAUUGCUCGAGGUGAAGAUUGAUCCCACGCACGCGACCGAAAUCGUGCUUCCGCGUUUACUCGCACUCGCAAAAUCGCGCCGAGCGGCGUACGAGGCGUUGCUCCCGACGAUUUGGUCCUUUGCGAGCGCGGUGUUGCACUCGAACGAUUCGUACGCGGUGAUGAAAUCGUUGGAAUCUUUCCGAGAAGCCGCGAAAGUGGCGUCGAGUCGUCGGGAUGAGAGCGAAGAAACGUGGGGCGAGUUGUGCCGAGCGCUCAGACGUGGCGUCGUCGUGGACGCCGUCAUCUUGGACCUCCCGCACGCUAGUAACGUCAUCGCACGUUCGCUCGCGUGCAUCUCCGCGUGCAAUGAUGUUCGCAAAAUAUCGGGGGCGCCGAGAAAGGCGAUCGAUGAGAUCGUAGACAUCGUCGACGCGGCGUACGUGUUCGCCAGGAAUCAAAACGACUCGAGCGCGUCGCUCGGCGCGAUGGCGAGACUGGAAUUCGCCGCGGGCGACGUCCUCCUUCGAGCGCUCAGAGAAGACAAGACGAAACGCGAGCGAUUCUUUGCGCACGUCGCGAGAUGUCUCGAUGUCAGGAAACCGGUCGUCGACGAUUCGGAUGAGGAUGAGUCGGCGCCGCGGAAGCGCGCGAUGGCCGCCGCGGACGCCGGCGACGCCGUGCUCCGAUCGAACGCCCUCGCGCCCGCGCGCGAGCGCUUAGCGGCGCGAGCACUCGCAAGUCUAAACUUGAACGACGACGUCGAUGCUUUGCGCGUGAUCGCAUCGAGCGCGGUCGAGGCGCUCGGCGUCGUCUCCGGCGCGCCCCUCGGCGACGCGCUCGCCGACUUUUUCGACUCACCAAUCGCCCGCACAACGCUCGCGCUGUAG